UCUGCUCAGAGCAUUGAAAAGGCAUGCAUUUUGACACUGCGAAGGAGAAAAGAUCCGUUUUACCAUAAUAUGUCAAAGAGCGGAGCCAGAGAGCGGUUCACCGGGGAUGUGAAGCGGUGCCGGGGCGUUUGGCCGUGCAUCUCUUUUGUCCCAGAGACCCUGCGCUGGACUGUUUCAUAGAGUACAUGGUAUCAACUCAUUCCACUCUACAAAAGGACAUACAAUACCCUGCUUGGGAUGCAUUUUUUCUGCAAAAACACCAAACACAGACUUCAGAUGCCAGAAGAAUCGAUGGGGUGUGACCAGAAAAGCCAUGGAGGAGAAUAUUUUGAUUGCUUGAGCAGGUUGUGCUGUAAGGAAGUGGUAACCAAACGCAGGAAUUAAGUAGAAAAGAUCUCAAGUCAGUGGCUCUGGAAGUACUCUCUGAGAUUCAGGAUUCAACAAGAAAUUGCAGAGACACAGGACGCUUUUAAGGAUUGCAGAAGCCAGAUUCACACCUCCUGCAGCUGCCUUGUUGAGAACAACAUCGGAUCACAGAUGUGUGCCCAGUCAGCCAGUUCCUGAAUGCCAGAUUCAGAUGCCAUAUCGUGUCCUCACCACAGUUUGGACACUGAGAAGGACUGUCUUGUGAGUACCGAUGCCCUUUUUACUGCGUCAGCAAGAUGAUUGUUCAAGCCACGAUCUGCUGUUUGCAGUGAAUUGGUAAGGUUUCUUUGGCUUCGUUAUUAACAAACAUUUAAUAGAGUAUUCUGUGUAUCUAGGUCAAGGGGUAUGAAAUUGUGCAGUUUCUCAAGUUCUAUCUAAUAUUCAUCCACUUAAAAGUUCCUAAAUGAUGAAUACAUCUACAUGUUCUAGGUACAUCUUAGUAAAGGCUACUGAAAAAUACAAUACAUGAAAUGUAUAUAAGGAUACUCGCUCAUUAUUUGUACUGUCUAGGGAGCAAUUUCAUGCAUUUACAUACCAGUUUGGAAUCUGUCAAAAGUCACUUUGCGACUACUACAUUCUCACACCUGCUCGACCGAGGGGAUGAGGGUCUUCCUCUGACAAGUGUAUGGUCAGUCGUCCAUCUUUCUUGCUCUCUGGUUGCUGCCACAGCUACAGGAGCACUGACAUCAAAUGAUUGCAGCUCUUACAGGCAGAACCACAGACUUACAGUUGCACCCUGCCUAACCCAAACACAACACCACCCAAGUGGCUCUUGCCAGCUGUUUGCCACUGACAAGGGAAUUCUAGUCACUGCUGUCCAUUGCUUUUGCCCACACUCCUAGGAGCCAGGUCUGGACAACCUAUCCUGUUAUUUACACGGGAACCUUACCGCUUUGUCCCCUCCAGGGCAAAUUAAAAAAAAACGUAAAGGCCCUUAGCUGGGACUGACUUGAUUAACAUACCCCGACCCUACUGGACAUUUCCUUCAACUGACCAGGAGGUCAGUCUGACUCUAACAGCUACCCCACUCUUCCCUCUCUCCCUUUUUCCCCCAGCCCCUCCCCCUCACCCCCAAGGUUGGCCUUGGCCAAUCCUGGAAGAUGGCAGUCCCGGAGCCCCUGACAGCCCUCUCACGUUGGUACCUCUACGCCAUCCAUGGUUAUUUCUGCGAGGUGAUGUUCACCGCCGCCUGGGAGUUUGUGGUCAACUACAAUUGGAAGUUCCCCGGCGUGACCAGUGUGUGGGCCUUGUUCAUCUACGGCACCUCUAUCCUCAUCGUGGAGCGCAUGUACCUAUGUCUGAAGGACCGGUGCCACAUCCUGGUGCGCUGCCUCAUCUACACCCUGUGGACGUACAUGUGGGAGUUCACCACGGGCCUGCUCCUACGCCAGUUCAACGCCUGCCCCUGGGACUACUCGGAUUUCGACUAUGACUUCAUGGGGCUCAUCACGCUGGAAUACUCUCUGCCCUGGUUCUGUGCUUCCUUCAUUGUGGAGCAGCUGGUCAUCAGGAACACCCUCAGGCUUCGCUUCGACGAGAAGGCCGACCCCAGUGCCGCCAUGGCAACUGGGGGGACGGCCAAUGGCUAUGUCAAGAUUGACUAAGAAGAUACAUGCUCUCUGCCUUGGCUUAGGGGUGGAUAAAAUUGGAAACAAUGCUAACAAACACAAAAAAACGGCUCGUUUGAGGCCACAUGCCAUUUCACACCAAGGGUUCUUUUUGUCUUUUUCACAUCAACGAGCCAGUCUGUAUCAGUUUGAACCAAAGUAAGAAAUGGAUAACGUGAAGGAACAUUUUGUAGGUCAUGUUGGACGGCAAUCAUAAUCAUAAUUCUGCUGCCCUUUGAUCAGCUAAUAUGAGAAUGAACUUGGCGCUAAAUGUCUUUAAUAAAUAUGAAUGAAAACUUUAACAUUUUAAUUUGUUAGGAAAAUGAAAUAUUUAUGAAUAAUAUGCAUUUUUAAAAUAUUUAAAGGAACUUAUAAAAACAUUUUAAGGUAAUGCCAGUAAAGGAACAUGAGAUUAAACCAUUUCAGUAACCACAGAGAUAUUGUACCUUAUAAAAUAAUGAAGGUUGCCUUUUAAUGUUUUUAUUUUGUAAAUAAUUUCUUAUUUGAGCUUAAUGCUAUCAGUAUAUAUACAGUACAGAUUCAACUAGAGUAUUAAAAUCUCUCUGGAAGCAAUGUGUAUACCUUGAAUAAUGUGUCAUGCAAAAACUCUUUUUAUACUUCAAAGACAAUUUUAAUAUUUUAAAAUGCAUGAAACAUUAAAAAAGCACUGGUGUCUCCCAAACGUAUAUCUGUUUUAUACUGUAGGAUGUUAAAAUGUACAUGAAGGCUCUAAUGCAUUUUAUCUGUAGUUUUAGAUAUAAAAUUUGACAAAAAAACCUACCUGCUAGCCCAACUAACCAGAACAAUAAAUCAAUUUAAAUUUAAUAUUUAUUUGUAGUGUUUGCUGUAUUGAAAAACAAAGAAAGCUUUAUUCUUUUCUUAUUAAGGAUAUGUUUAAAAUUGUGUCUACAAAAGGUAAAAGAAUUAGAAUAAAAUACCAAGACUGACAUGAAUAAUAUGUGCAUUUAACUAUUGUAAAGGUGGCACACAAAUGUUGGCGGACAUUGGGGGUGUGAAAAAGAAACCCAGUUCUUUUCUGAGAAAAAGGCAAGCCAAAUGAAAAACAUACUGCAUGCCUCUAGAAUUCGUCUACCAGGAAUGUGUCCCAAAAUCCUAAUCAGUUAAGGAGCUUUUAUAUAGCACAUACAAAUUCUGGUACUACUAAUAUAAUAAACAUACUGUACAAGUAAACAUACAGAAAAGCAACCCAACAAACAGAAGGGUACUGUGCUGUCCAUAAACAAUAUUUCACCCUAGUUACAGUAAGGUUCAAUGGCUUGCCUACUCAAUAAUUCUCCAGAGUAAGAGUAGCUGUAGUACUGGGAUUCUGAAGUACCUUCAAUACUGCAUAUCCUUCCAGCAUUUCUGCAGACAGUCCUCAGAGAAUAAGAAAGGGCACAACAGAAGAGGAGGCAAUUCGGCCAGCUAGUAGUUUAUAACCAACUAAUUUGAGUCACUUUUCAGCCAUUUCAUGAAAGAAGCCAGAGUACUGUCUUAAACAACAUGGCUGGAUAGCUUGUUCCAGACUCCUGCAACCCUCUUGGUAAAGAAGUGCCUCCUGUUCUGGGUUUCAAAUGUACUUCCAUGUAGUUACCACUUGUCCCCUCUGGUUCACUGUUCAUUAGGAAGAACUCCUAGCUGGGCUGGCUUUGCCGACGCCUUCUGAGGGCUUUGAAUUCUUGUAUCAGGUGCCCUUGUAAUCUUCUCUGUUCAGGGCUGAAAGGAUUCAGUUCCCUCGGGCAGCCAGUAGAUACUGUCUGGAUACAGUCUCUGUUAUUUUAUUAAGUGAUUAGAGUGUGUGGUUCUCAUGCUGUUACCUCAAUGAGGGCAUUAACAAAGCCCUCCAUUAUUUUAGCAUGUUUGUAAGUAAGAUAAAAAAUAACUUAAAUAAGGUACAGUAUAUAGAUUUUCUUGGAAGGCACAAUACUGCAGGGACAUGAACUUAUAAAUUGGCAAUGAACUUUAAAAAGAAAAUCCAAACAACUGGACGUCUUAUUGCCAAAACAAACGAAGUGUUGCAUUGUAAUUCUCUGUGUUUAAUCUGUGGUAUUCCAUAGACACAAGUCUGUUUUAUCUUUAUAAGAACCAUACAAGGUCCUAGAACCUAGAACUAACAAAUAAGAACACACAUUGUCUGAUGUGUGACAAGAGGAGGGCAUAGGGCUUAGUAUCAGCAGUGAGAGGUGUUUUUACACUAAUGCAGGCUAGGCCCUGUGGAGUCUUUUUGUGAUAGUAGCUUGGUUUUGUGUAGUUGGUGUUCUCUCAAAAAGCAGGAUAACCUCUGGUCUACUAAACAGUUGUGGCUCUGCUGUGGAACAUACCUACUCAGACUGCUAGACCUAAAGAGCAGCACACUAAUUUUUAAAUUAUGAAUAUUUUUACAAUGUAUUGCCAUUGUAGGAAGACACCCAAAAUCAACAUUCUAAUUACAAUAAAAUGUAGGAAUACAGAAUUUGUAAGUUAUUUCUUUUUACAUAUUUAUUUUUGUGAACAAACCAUGUUUUCCUAAUUUACAGAAGUUCAGAAUUCAUUUUCACACUGAAAUAUUAACCUUUUAAAUAUAAGAAUGUGAAUACUGGCACUGAUAAAGCUAAAAUAGGUUUUGUAUAUUUUUUCUCCCUUUGAAAAUAGGGUAUGGACAUAUUUUACCUUGUUUGUUGAAUUAUGUUCCAGUUUAAUAGUUUAUGAUAUUCGAUGACAUAAAAAAGGCCACAUAUGUAAAACAGCAUAAAGAUGUUCCUGCUGUUAUGAGGCAAUAAGAAUUUGUUUUUGUAUUGUAUCUUAACAUGAAAAAGAUAUGGGGGUGAAUAUCAUAGCAGCCUUCAAGUUCAAAGAUGUUACUACAGUAUACUGUAUGUAAAAUCACAAAGAGUUAUUACAGAAUUUGGCGUAUGUUUGCAUGUAGAAUUUAAUUUGAAAUACGAAUCUUCCAUAGAGGAGCUCUGAAACCUACAGAAAGAAGCUUUUGUAUAAGAAACUUCCUAAGAAAUUGUAUCUUCCUUUAAAAAUAUAUGUAUAAUUCUUUCAUAUACAGUACAUUAGAAAAUGAAGACUUGGCUUUGUUAAUUGAUGAUAAAAGUAUAUUUACUGUUACUUUAAGGAAAUCAAUCAAAUUCACAGUACUAUGCUUAGGAUUAUAUAUGGGAAAAAAACUGAAUUUUUUGGUACUGGCAUAAACAAGAUAAAGGUAUUUUUAAUCUUUUCAGAAAAACGGCACAGGUUUUCUGAAUUCACACACUUUUAUUGACAGAAGAGGUUUAAGAUGAGAACACUCUGUACCAAGCCAGUUGUCAAUCAUUGCUGGGUUUGUACAGUUAAGUAGGUGUUUUAAAUCAGAAUCUAUUCCGUAGGAUGGCCCAAUGGUGCAGUGGUUAGCAGUGCUGGGGCCCUAGGUUCAAUUCCUGAGGUGCUAUCUGU